AUGAGUGUAACAAACAGCGACCCAGGUAAUGGCCAGGUUUUAGCAGAUAAUCCAUCUGACCCAGAAAAGAUAAUCUCUAAGGUUAUCAAUUAUGUUUAUUCCCGUUUGAAGUUAGAUAAAAAUAUAGAUGAAUGGACUAAUGAACUGCAAGCGAGAGCCUUUGAAGAACGUUAUGAUGUAUGGAAGUUAGUCAAUACUCUUUCAAAAGCUAGGUAUGAGUCUAUAAUGGGUACAAAAAUAUAUGUAUCCAAAAUGGAAUCAGAACUAAAAUCCGCAGAAGCGAAGGUCAAAGACUUAGAAUACAACCUUAGUCUCAGCCUUGAUGCAUACCAAAAGGCAAAAAGUGAUUUAGAGGAUUUAUAUCUCCAGUAUUCCAGAAUUAAACAGACAGAGGAAUCAGCCCAUAAUAUAGUCAAUGCUGAAAGGGAUCCAUCUAACACUAAGAAAAAUUCCCAAUAUUCAGAAAAGGAUCAGAGCUCCUCCAACAUAAUUAAGUUUUUAAAUAGUACAGUAUCCAAGUUUUCCAAGAAAGGUUCGUCUCAGAUAGCCAAUCACUUAGAACUGUAUGAAUCCACUAUGGAUUCUUUAAAAUUAUACUCUGAUGCUGACCGGAUUAGGUUCCUUCCAUGGGCAUUUGAUGAUAGAUAUCGUCAUUAUUUUACAUCCUUUAAGGAGAGAGGAGUACAAGAUUGGCCAAGUGUUUUGCAUGAGGUUAAAUUGGAAUUCGGACCAUACCGAACCACUACUGCUGCAAAACGGGACAUAUAUAGCCUUACGUGUAGACCCAAUCAGAGUCCCCGUGAAUUCCUCUCUGUCCUCAAAAAUGCCUAUGGGUUGGCAUAUAGAUCCCCAAAUUGGGAAUCUGAAGAAUUCAAGCAGUUAUUCUAUGAUGCUAUGCCAACCCAGAUCAAACUUAACUUAGCCAGAGAUCUGGAUAUUGAUGCUCCCUUGGAUAGGUUGGUGACGGCUGCCACCACGCUGUAUAAUAUCAGUGAGUGCCAUACAACAGGUGAGAGAAGGUUUAAAAAUUCCCCAGAGCAAAAGGUAGCUGAAGUUAAGGUAAACCCUAACUUGGGAUUUGAAAGCCAGCCACGAAGGUUCCCUCAGUCUACAGGACCUUCUCAACAAGCCCAGCAACAACAGGUAGGACCGCCCAAACAGACCAAACCCCAAAAUAAUAAUGGAUCAGAGGGGAAUAAUUCAGGUAAUGGGAAGUCUAACUACCGUCCCUAUUACAAUAACGUUCCCCAGGGAUAUAGGCCCUAUAACAAUCGAGUUUAUCAGGGUUAUAGACGUUGGGAUAAUAGGCCCAGACAACAGAGGGAAGAUAGGCAGGAAUCCUUGAAUUCACCCAGGAGUAGGUCACCUACCAAUAGCCAGGGUGCCCAACAAAGCCAAAAUGUGCCCAAACCAAACAGGUUUGAUCAGCUGGUAGAGCAAGUGGCCCAGCUGAGCAAUAUGGUAAAUAAGUUGUCCCAGUUAUCCCCAGAAAAACAGCCUAAUCCUUUUUUAGGGGCAACUGCCGGUCCCAGCAAUGUAACAGCAUAA